AUUCCUCAAAUAAUACCUAUAAAAUGAUUUUUAAUUUAUUUUAUUUAUUUAUUAAUUUUUUAUUUAUUCAUUAUAUUAAUUAAUUCAAUACUAAUCAAAACUAAAAUCAAUAAAGAAACAUUAAAAAUUAAAUUAAAAAAAUGAAAUUGAUUUUGAUAA